AUUAAGCAAACAAACUGACAAUUAUAUUUAAUAUAGUUUGCAUUUAUAUUGGUGACAAUAUAUUACACAAGUAUAGAUUUGUUUUACUCUUAGUGAUUUAUAUGUAAGUUUUAAUAUGUAACUAUACAUACAAAAAUCACACACUCUCUGUGGGCUUAUUACUUGUUAAGAUUGAACAUAUUUAAUUAAGUUAAGCUUAAAAUGAAAUAGCUAUAUAUAAAAUUUCCUUUUAUAUGUAAUAAAGUAAGAAAAGUGCAUAAUAGCUCACUGUACAAUAUUUCUAUGAAUGAAAAUAUGUGCAUGUACAGCUGCAUGGUUAAUAAGUGGUCCAAACUACAUGUACCAACAACAGUAGAAAAGAUGCUUCUUGUUUUGAGAAAGUCACAGAGUGCUCUAUUCAAGAGUAUGUAUUUAGACAUUUUGUCUAGAUUGACUAAAGGUCAGAAAGCCUUUAUAUAACGAUAUUUGGGCAUGUAUUUUAAGUAAAUUGCUUACUUCUGCCAUGCUGUAACUUGUUUUACUCCUUUAACAUUUGAACGAAGCUAAGUUAAAAUGCAUAACUAUUAGUUAAGGAGACCCACUGAUUGUUUCAAUGCCACAUUUGUCUGAGCAUAUCCUACUAGCAUGUUGUGACUUGCAACUUAUUUAUUCAAGGUGGGACUUUCAAAUUGACAAUAGAACUGUGUUCUGCAUGCUUACUUAGUCCUCUAUAUAUUUCUUAAUUCUUAAUCUCUGUCUAACAAAUAGAAAACAUGCAUUAUUACAUCAGUAACUUGUAAAAGAAUGUCAGAUCUAUAAAUAUUCAUGAUGCCUACUGGUGGCAGAAGCUGCACAUCACCAUAGCCUACUACUUUUUUAUUUUAAAUGGUAGUAUGGCAUUUUGAAUUCAGUGCUUUAGGCUUCACUGUUUAUUAUGCCACUAUGGUCAGCAGGCUGGUUUUAGAGGGGUUUAGCCAGGCUGGGAGUCCAGCUAAAACCAGCCACUUCCAGCUUAAACCAGCUAACACCUGCCAACCAGCCUAGGUUGGUUUUAGCUGUUUUUUUCCCAGCAGGGAUGUGGUUUGGAUAUUUUCAUAACAACAUGCUAAUUGGUACAGUGAUACAAAAAGGCUAUACAUAGCAUAUUUUAACAACAACAAAUUCCAUGUCAUUGCAAAAGGAAAGGUUAUUAACACUCAAUGGUGGUUUAAUGUGAGUUUUGAGUAAAAGUGUACUAUUAAUUUCAUAAUGUUUGUACAUUAGCAUGGUGCUAAUGUUAGCUUUAAUGCUACAGAUCAGUUGCAGUUCUUCUUCAUAAAGCAUUUUGUCAUAAUACUGCAUGCGAGUUUCCAAAAAAAACCCCAUUUUGUUCUAUUUAUUAAGAAAUAGUUAGGUAAAAGUUUACUGGGAUUGUGGCUAUGUGGCUUGAUAAAUGUUUUAUUGCCAGUAUAAAGUUUGAUAAUAGCUGGAUAAAAACCAAGAAUAAUGAUAAAGGAAUAAUAAUGAUAAUGUCUCAUACCUGGUUGAGUGGUAAAAAGAUAUGUUUCCCUAAACUAAUCAUGUAUUUCUUUAUUUGAACAAAUUUGCAUGGAAAUCCUAGUAUUUAAAAUUUGCAAUUGAUCAUGAUUAAUCAGAGUCAGUGACUGCGAUUAACGUAAUUAAAUGUUUUUAAAUGAUUGACAGCAGUAAUUUGUAGUAAGCAUUAAAAAAUAUAAUGACAUCGCAUAAUAACAGUUUAUGACAGACAACCAGAAGGAAAAAGAGAGAUUUGAUGUUAGGUAGGGUGUUUAUGCAUUCUGUACUGCUAGCAAGGAUCUCUGAGUAUUCAUGAUGACCUUUAAAAGUACAUUUUAGAAGAAAUAAUUACUGCAUCAUGACAAUGCUUUCACCGAUUAUAGGUCUUUUAAUUAUAAAAGCAUGAUUGAGUAGCAGUGCUGCAGACCUCCCCAUAUGUGAAAGUUCAUGUAUUUGCGUGACUGCCUUGUGUUCUUAUGUGUAUAUAAAGUUGCUGGGAAUAAUCACAGAUUUUGCAUGAUAUAUAUGAGGCAAUCCUACUACUGCUAAUUCAUUUUGAUUUGCAGAAUUGUUUUGAGAGUGCCCCUAUUUAUGUCAAAAGGUAAAGAUAAAAGCAAUAACUGUAAAAUCUGACAAACUGUGUACUUUUGAAAACAAAAGAAAGGGAAUGAUAUGAUUUUAUAAACAUUUGUGAGGAAAAACAACCAUUCUGAAAUAUAGGCAAUGCUUGGUUUAGGUUGUUAAAUUUGCCUAAUUUACUUAUUUUUAUUUAUUUGAUUGAAUCUUUGGUCAUUGUCAUUUGCUAUUGCUGUAAUUGAUAGGUUGUCCAGUAAAUAGUAAAUAUUCUACAAUUUUUACCAAAAAAUAAUAACGUAGUUUGAGUUCAUGGUAAAGUCAAACAGUUUGGAUCAAUCUACUUGCUGGAAAAAAAUGUAUAAAGAUGACUCUUGUGGACCUUCACAUCUGUGUAUAAAGGUUAAAAGUCUCUUGAAAUAUCAGAUAAGCCUAACUUUUUUAUAAUAAGACAAAAUUUGUUUGGUUCAUGUGGUGCAACUCUUCAAAAGUGUGAUUAACCUAUUACAGAUAUUUGGCCCUAUUUACCUUUGUAUGAACAAAGCUAUCUCUAAUAAGUCCUGUGAAAGUUAGUUCAUUCCUGAAAUCAUUAACCCAGAGUUGCAUUUAACCCACUUGUGAGACUUUAAUCUGCUGUGACAUCAUGACAGAGCGUAGAAGUCUGAGUUCAUUUGCUGCGCUGUACGAACAUGACCUAUCAAAACUCACUCACCAUUUGUUAAGUUUUGAGUCUCCUCCUCUUUCAAAAACAUUUGCAGCCCUUAUAAAGAAUCGUAUUUCUGCUGUCUGCAGUAUGAGUGUUAGAAGAAUGGUGAGAGCACUGACUGUUCCCGCUCUGGGGCUUCUAGCCUUACUAUGCUUGUUCUCCUCGAAGCUCGUGCAGGCUGGGAAGGUGCUUGUCAUGCCAGUGGAUGGCAGCCACUGGUUGAGCAUGAAGAUCUUGGUAGAAGAGCUUUCUCAAAGGGGUCAUGAGAUGGUGGUCCUGGUCCCUGAAACCAGUGUUCUGAUUGGAAGGUCUGGUAAUUACACUACUAAAUCGUUUCGUGUGCCCUACACCCUUGCUGAACUGAAUGCUGAAAUAGAAAACAUAAGGAACCAUGCACUUGAGAACCCUCCAAAGCUGACUGAUAUCUUUGUAAAUCUGGAGACCCUGGUACAUUUCACAAAUAUGCAGGUGAAAGGCUGUGAAGGACUGCUGUAUGACGAGUCCCUGAUGAAGAGUCUUAGAGAAACAGGAUUUGAUGCUUUGCUCACUGAUCCUUUCCUGCCUUGUGGCACCAUCAUUGCUGAUUCCUUCGCGAUUCCUGCUGUUUACUUCCUGCGUGGAAUUCCUUGUCGUCUUGAUGAUGCAGCCACCCAGUGUCCCUCACCUCCGUCUUAUGUCCCGCGCAUCAUGUCUGGUAACACAGAUAUGAUGACUUUCCUUCAGAGAGUAAAAAACACACUUAUGACAGGUUUUGAAAAGUUUCUAUGCCUCAAACUUUUUGCCAGCGCUGAUGAACUGGCCAGUAGAUAUCUGCAGAAGGAAACUACAUACAAAGAGCUAUUAAGUCACGGUGCAGUCUGGCUUCUAAGAUACGACUUUGCCUUUGAUUAUCCCAAACCCCAAAUGCCAAAUAUGGUCCAAAUAGGGGGCAUCAACUGUGCUAAAAAGGGUCCACUGACAAAGGUAAGAUAUUAAUGAACAUUCUCAGCUUUUCCAUCCACUGGUUGACUGAAAUUGAGAAGUGAUAACAGAACAUGUGAUGUAUGUACUUUGAAAGAGACAUGUUGCAUCACAUGAUGUUUAUUAAACAGUUUUUUAUGCAGAGCUUGUCUGUGAUGUCAUUGUUGAAGAGUACACAGUCAUGAUCUAUGUUUAAAUAUUUAAUCCACCAUGCUCCUAAGCUGUAUUUUUGAAGAUGUGUAUAAUUCCGUAAAACAACUCUCAGAGAGUCAGUUUAGAUGUUGUGUAUGAUUUCCUAAACCAACAUUUAAUUUAAUUGCAAGCAAUGUUUUCGACUUUGACCACUAUUAUCUUUAAGAGGAAAUGAGGUGCCUCAUUUUUGUUUGCAAUAUGAAACACUAGUGGAAAGAAGACAGGUUUUGUAUGGUUGUGCACUGUAGACUAAGCAAACAAAGUAAAUGAUUCUUUUACCAAGAGGUAGGUCUGUUUAUGUUAAAAACACUUGGAUUUAGAGUGUUUGGUCAAAGAAAAACAUUACUAAUUGUUACAGUAUGCUGCUUUGAGUUUGAACAUGCAAGUUGAUGUGGAUAUCUGUGUGUGUGAGCAAGACAGAAAAAAAGAAGGAAAGAAGGAAGGAAGAAAGGGGGAAUUUAUGGUGAAAGCUUGCUCCGCUCCAUCUUUAGAACAUAAAACCAGUGUUCAGUUCUGACAUCUGUUCUCU